ACAGGACACUUGGCUCUUGUUCUUUUCUGGGUUUCUCCAUUUUCCCUCUCUCAAUUUUCUCUCUCCAGAAAUACACAAACAAUUUUUCACAUAAAAAUAAAAUUUGAAAAGAGAUCAAAUUAAUACACAAAAAUUAAAAUAAAGUAAAAUAAUAAAAAAAAAAAAACAAAAUUUAAGAGUGUGAUCUUUUCAACUUCCAUUUUCUUCCGCAGAUUGAAUCUAGUCACAACCACCCUUUUUCUCUCUCAUCAUUUCCCAAAACCCCACAAUUUUAUUCUCAUUUUCUGUGAUUUUUCGAUGAUUUCUAUAUAAAAAAUCAUACUACCAUUUCUACUGAGUAAGAGAGAAAAGCUUCAUUUCUUCGUUCUCCCAUGGCGGCGUACACGGUGGGGACACCACUGUGCACGUGGCUGGUGGCGGCGUGCAUGUCUGUUGGUUGUGGUGGCAAUAGCGGCGGCGGUGGUGGGAGAGAGAAAACUUCUUCUCUCUCCACCAGGGGUCGUAAGAAGAGAGCCAUUGAGUUUAAAUGCAAUGCCCAGAUGUUAAAGCCUUGUGAUGAAUACUAUAGUAAUCAUAAUAAUAAUAAUAAUAAUAAUAAUGGUGAUUUUUGUGGGUUUUCUUGUAUAUUUGGAUCCAAAUUUGGGCAUAUGAACUCGAGGCAAAGGCGGAGUAAUCGAGCUCUUCAUCCAGGAAAAGCCAUGGCUGUGGCAAUUGAGCCUUCAAUGGAGGUUACGGCUAAUAAGAAGCCUCUUACAAAACAGAGGCGAGUAGUUGUGACAGGUAUGGGUGUGGUAACCCCAUUGGGACAUGAAACGGAUGUCUUCUACAAUAAUUUGCUUGAGGGUGUCAGCGGAAUAAGUGAGAUAGAGACUUUUGAUUGCGCCACUUAUCCUACAAGAAUUGCUGGAGAAAUCAAGUCCUUCUCUACUGAAGGAUGGGUUGCUCCUAAACUUUCAAAGAGAAUGGACAAGUUCAUGCUCUAUAUGCUUACUGCUGGAAAGAAAGCCUUGGCUGAUGCUGGCCUUACAGAGGAUAUAAUGAAGGACGUAAACAAAACAAAAUGCGGUGUUUUGAUUGGUUCUGCAAUGGGAGGCAUGAAGGUUUUUUAUGAUGCAAUACAAGCUCUCCGUAUCUCAUACAAGAAGAUGAAUCCUUUUUGUGUGCCUUUCGCAACAACAAAUAUGGGAUCUGCCAUGCUGGCGAUGGACUUGGGAUGGAUGGGCCCAAAUUAUUCAAUCUCUACUGCUUGUGCAACCAGCAACUUUUGUAUACUUAGUGCAGCGAACCAUAUUAUUAGAGGCGAAGCUGAUUUGAUGCUUUGUGGUGGCUCAGAUUCCGCAAUAAUACCGAUUGGCCUGGGAGGAUUUGUAGCUUGCAAAGCACUUUCACAAAGGAACAGUGACCCUACCAAAGCAUCGCGCCCCUGGGAUAUUAAUCGUGAUGGAUUUGUUAUGGGGGAAGGAGCUGGUGUUCUGCUUCUGGAAGAAUUAGAUCAUGCUCUGGCAAGAGGUGCAGAAAUCUAUGCAGAAUUUUUGGGUGGUAGUUUCACUUGUGAUGCCUAUCAUGUGACUGAGCCUCACCCAGAAGGGGUCGGAGUUACACUCUGCAUUGAGAAAGCCUUGGCUGAGGCUGGUCUUGCCAAGGAAGAUAUCAACUAUAUAAAUGCGCAUGCUACAUCAACUCCAACUGGAGAUCUUAAGGAAUACCAAGCUUUGGUUCGCUGUUUUGGUGAUAAUCCCGAGGUGAAAAUAAACUCUUCAAAGUCCAUGACUGGCCAUCUUCUUGGAGCAGCCGGUGCUAUUGAAGCUGUUGCAACUAUACAGGCAAUACGAACAGGAUGGCUACAUCCAAAUAUCAACCUUGAAAAUCCAGAUGAAGGCGUGGACACUAAGUUGCUGGUUGGUCCUAAGAAAGAAAGACUGGAAGUCAAGGCAGCUUUGUCCAAUUCAUUCGGGUUUGGUGGACAGAAUUCAUCAAUCAUAUUUGCUCCAUACAAGUAGUUCAUUCUUGCUACCGUUGCUUCACUUAAUAAUGGUGCUGAACGUAUCAGGGUGCGAAUUGAUGGGUUUGCUACACCUUGGUGAUAAAAGGGCAGAUUGCUACUAUCUCUAACCUUGCAUUCCUAGAAAAGAUGGUAGAAGAACGUGACGUGAUAUGCUUUUGCAUGGAAAGCAGGCUCAGUUUAAAUGCAGCAACAAAAAAAUAGCUUUGGUUGCUUGAUUCUGGAGCAGAUUUAUUAUUGUUGCUCAGCAAAUUGGCAGUUUCAUACUGCUCAACAGGAUAUGAAUAUCAUUAUCCGCUACAUAACAUAAAAACAAACUAGUGUUUUUUCAUUCAUGUACAAGUGUAAUAGAUCGAUCGAAUUGGUUUUGUUAAUCUUGAUAGUCAGUUUAGAAUAGACUUUUACGUUCCAAUUACUACUGUUGAAGGUUAAGACUUUCCCGUCACUGUCAUUGUCAUUGAUGCUCUCAUAAUCUUCAGUUGAUGUGAAGAAGAUGGAGAGUUAAAUUCGUUGCUGCAGUUAGUUGAAGCAUUUGCUGUUGUUGAGUAGA